UACAUGUACAUGUACAUGUAUUGUUUAUUUAUAGAAAAAGCUAAAGCUGGAAAGAGAAGACGGACCAACCCAGAGGUGCCAUUUGCUGCUGCUUUAGAGAAGAUUGUUAAUAAACUGAGUGCUGUCCAAGAGUAUUGGCCUUUUUGUAAACCAGUUUCCUCAAAAGAUGUACCUGACUAUUAUAAUUUGAUAAAGUUUCCAAUGGAUCUUCAGACCAUGAAAGAUAAUAUUUGUAAGCACAAGUAUGAGACAAGGCAGCAGUUUACAGAGCAUGUCAAUCUAAUUGUUAACAAUUGCAUCACUUAUAAUGGAUUCAACUCUGAAUUAACAAAAACUGCCCAAAGGAUGUUGGAAAUGUCUAACAAAGAAAUAAAUCAAAACAGUCAAGCUCUUGAGAAACUAGAGCAUAAGAUUAAUCCACUGCUGGGAGAUAAUCCACAAGCUGCUCUGUCCUUCCUCUGUCGUAAAUCCAUUGAAAGAAUGAAAGCAGUACCUAAUUCUUGGCCAUUUCAUUUUCCAGUAUCUUCUAAGAAGUUACCAGAUUAUAGAAUGAUCAUAACUAAACCAAUGGACCUUCAGACUAUGAGAAAGAAAUGUGAGGCUGAUAGUUACAGAAGUCGUGAGGAGUUUCUUGUUGAUCUUAAUCAAAUAGUUGAUAACAGUAUCACAUAUAAUGGACCAACCAGUCCCUUUACUGUCACUGCCCAGAGUAUGAGGGAAGUGGGACUACAAUAUCUUGAAGAAGUGAAGGGAGAGAAUAAAAGAAAGAGAGCAUUUUGAACAAUAUGAAAGCCAGUUAGGACCUUUUGACAAGUCACCACUAAAUGAACCAGAAGGACUAGGAGGAGAGAGUGGAGAUGAGGAGGCAGAGGAAGAAGAUACUAGUACUAACAUGAAUAUUACUGGACAAUCCAGUGUCAUCAUUACUAGUGAAGACAGUAUUCA